AUGUCCCUCCCACCCCCCCUCAUAUCUGACAACUCAGGCUUGACGAAUCCUCUCGUCAACGCCCCGGGCGUCACUGCCCCACCUAGAGUCGAGUCGGACUACUCCAGCGACGAGGAGAGAGUCAAGGACGUCAGCCUCUUCAAGUCGGCCGAGUCGAGUGCUGAGCAGCUCCAAAAAUUCUAUGAACCCCCAGACAGCUGGGAGAGCAAGCAUCGCUGGGAUCCUACCGCAACAUGGACCGAGGAGGAGGAGAGGAUUCUUCUGCGCAAGAUCGACCUCCGCGUGGCGUUGGCAGCAUGCGUGUUCUUCGGAUGCCUCUGUCUGGACAGGAGCAACAUAUCAAACGCUCUCAGCGAUAACAUGCUCAACGACCUCGGACUCACAACAUACAACUACAACAUCGGGCAGACAAUCUUCUACUGUGCAUUCUUGUUUGCCGAGCUUCCAAGCCAGAUGAUCUCAAAGAAACUCGGGUCGGACGUCUGGAUCCCGAUCCAGAUGAUGUCGUGGAGCGUCGUUGCUAUAAGCCAGAGCGCGCUCACUGGCGUCACUGGCUUCUAUGUGACCCGCGCCUUGAUCGGGCUCAUCGAGGGCGGCUUCAUCGCCGACACGAUCCUGUACCUGUCGUACUACUACACGGCCAACGAACUCACCAUCCGCCUAUCGUACUUUUACAUCUCGCUCACGGCCACCAACAUUUUCGGCGCGUUCCUCGCCGCCGGCCUCCUCCAGCUCCGGCACGUCACUAGCACCGCCGGAUGGCGGUGGCUCUUUGGUAUCGAGGGCGCACUCACGUUCCUCAUUGGCGUCUUUGCCUUCUUCUGGAUGCCACCUGGCCCAACACAGACCAAGACUCGAUGGCGGCGCAAACCAUGGUUUUCUCCCCGCGAAGAGACGAUUAUCGUCAACAAGGUCAUCCGCGACGAUCCAACCAAGAGCGAUAUGCAUAACCGUGAGGGCCUGAGUCUCAAGCAGCUCUGGCUCAGCUUGACAGACUAUGAUCUCUGGCCAGUAUACCUCCUCGGCAUACUCUGGGGCAUUGCGCCUGGCACAGUGCAGGCGUACUUUACCCUCUCUUUGCGCGGACUCGGCUUCAACACGUUCCAGACAAACCUCCUCCAGAUCCCUUCGCAGAUUGUCACAAUCCUCACAAUCCUCAUGCUGGGAUACACUUCGCGGCGGGUCGGCGAGCGCUUCCUCGUCGCCUCAAUCAGCCAGUACUGGCUCCUCGUGUGUUUCAUUGCCAUCGUCCUCGUACCCGAUUCGCUGGACAAGUGGGGCAAAUGGGCGCUCUUGUCCCUCACAAUCGCGUAUCCAUACCCUCAUCCGAUCCUUGUUUCCACGACAUCCAUGAAUGCCGGAUCGGUACGCACGCGCACAGUCGCCAGCUCGGUGUACAACAUGUUCGUGCAGAGUGCGACUCUGGUCGCGUCGAAUAUCUACCAGCCCGACGACGCGCCCCAUUACCACCGCGGAAACCGGAUUUUGCUGGGUAUUAUCUGCGCGACCAUUGUCGGAUUCUGGUUCUCCAAGGCGUGGUCGCUCCAGACUGUUCAGACUACACCAUUUGCAGGGCAGAAGCCCGGUACCUCGGGUCUUCGUAAGAAGGUCAAGGUGUUCCAGCAGCCGCACUACACCGAGAACUUUGUGCAGGCCAUCUUCAGCGCUAUGCCCGGCGGAAGCGAGGGCAAGACGGUUGUCGUCGGCGGCGACGGGCGCUACUGGAGUCCCGAGGUGUCGCAGGCCAUCCUCCGCCUUGCGGCUGGCAACGGCAUCAAGCACGUCAUCAUUGGCCAGGACACGAUCCUGUCCACCCCUGCAGUGUCAGCGCUCAUCCGCGAGCUCAAGACGGACGGCGGUAUUCUGCUCACCGCGUCGCACAACCCCGGCGGCCCCGAGAACGACUUUGGCAUCAAGUUUAACACGGCUAAUGGCGGACCGGCGCCUGAGGACGUCACGGACAGCAUUUACAAGAUCACGACGACGAUCAAGGAGUACAAGUCGGUCGACCUGCCGGAUCUCGACCUCUCCAAGAUCGGCGAGUUCACCCACGGCCCCCUCAAGGUCACCAUCGUUGACAGCGUCAUCAACUACGUCAAGCUCCUCAAGGAGAUCUUCGACUUUGACAUGAUCAAGAAGUACCUCCACGAGUCCUCGCCCAAGCCUUCGGUGCUCUUUGACGCCCUCAACGGUGUGACUGGGCCAUACGGCCGCGCCAUCUUCGUCGAGGAGCUCGGCCUUCCCGAGAGCUCGAUCCAGAACUGCGACCCCAAGCCCGACUUUGGCGGCCUCCACCCCGACCCGAACCUCACCUACGCGAGCACCCUCGUCGAGAAGGUUGACGCUGGUAAUAUUCUUUUUGGCGCCGCCUCGGACGGUGACGGUGACCGCAACAUGAUCUACGGCGCCAAGGCGUUCGUCACGCCUUCGGACUCGGUCGCCAUCAUUGCCGACUGGGCCGAGAAGGCCAUCCCCUACUUCAAGAACGGCCUCAAGGGUCUUGCGCGCUCCAUGCCUACGUCGGGUGCCAUCGACCUUGUUGCCAAGGAGAAGGGUGUUGAGGUGUUCGAGGUGCCCACUGGAUGGAAGUUCUUCGGCAACCUUAUGGACGCGGGACGCCUCUCGAUUUGUGGUGAGGAGUCGUUCGGUACCGGUUCCGACCACAUUCGCGAGAAGGACGGAGUUUGGGCCAUUGUCGCUUGGCUGUCGAUUCUUGCCAAGGCCAACGAGGAGAAGCCUGGGCAGACGAUCAACGAUGUGCUCCUUGCCCACUACAAGAAGUAUGGCCGUUCGUUCUUCUCGCGCUACGACUAUGAGGAGGUCGAGUCUGAGGGUGCUGAGGCGAUGAUGGAGCACCUGCGCAAGCUGUUUGCGUCCCCGGACUUUGUGGGCCAGACGCUCAAGGCAACGACGUCUGACACUACGUUUACGGUCGGAUCGGCCGACGACUUCAGCUACACGGACCCGAUCGACGGCUCUGUGAGCAAGAAGCAGGGCCUGUACAUCAAGUUUACGGACGGCUCGCGCGUCAUCUUCCGCCUGUCUGGCACUGGCUCGUCGGGCGCGACGGUGCGCCUGUACGUCGAGAAGUACAGCCGUAACGAGUCCGAGUACGGUGACGACGCGCAGGUGGGCCUCAAGCCACUCAUUGAGGUUGCGCUUGCGACGUCCAAGCUGCAGGAGUUCACCAAGCGUGACAAGCCGACCGUUAUCACCUAA